CAUGUUGGCCAGGAUGGUCUCGAACUCCUGACCUUGUGAUCCACCCACCUCAGACUCCCAAAGUGCUGGGAUUACAGGCAUGAGCCACCACUAUACUUUAUAAUCUUUUACAGUUAAUCUCACAUACCUUUGUUGGGUCUUUCCAAAAUAUUAAACAUAGAUUUUUAAAGAAACAAUUUUCACACUCUUUCAUUGGUUUAUACAAUAUAAAGUUACAAAAGCACAAUAUCAAGUACAACUGGCAAAAACAGAUUUGCAAACAAACACAAGUAAGUCAUAAGAUUGAACUAGUCAAUUGAUAGGACCAGAAAUGGGCAGAUUUACUAGAUAACAGUUUCCUAGCAUGAUACGGGAAUUAGUCACUUAUGACUUACAAAGGAAAUAGAGUGAGUUAACUGGUUAGAGGUUAUGUGUAGACCGGCUAAGACAUCAGCUACUGUACCUCUCCAUUUUAAUUGACUAUGUGUCUUUCUACCUAGAGUGUUUUGAGGGCAGAGAUGGUGCCUGGCUAUUAUGGGAAACUACUGAAGAACUUCCCAGACAUUUUUAUAAUGCUAUGUAAAUCUUCUCAUGAGAACAAGUAUGAUUUUAAGAAACAAAACAGUCAUUUUUAAGCCAUUUACACUAAGGUUUAUGGAUCUGUCCAGAAAAGGCCAUGUAACAGAUGCAAAUUUCCUUGCUAAAAGCUUCUGUUCAUUUCCUAGGGCUACCAUAACAAAUUGGCACUAACUGGGUGACUAAAAACAACAAAAACUUGUUCUCUCACAGUUACAGAGGCCAGAUAAUGAAACUGAGGUGUUGACAGCACUUACCUCUUCUGUUCACUGACGUCUUCUGUUGUCUGGUGACUUCAGGUGUUCUUUGCCUAGGGGCUAAGUGACUUGGAGCUCCAUGCCUCCAUCAUCAAAUGGUCUUCUAUGUGGGUCUGAGUCUCAAAUAGCCCUCUACCUUUCUCUUAUAAGGAUUCUUGUGUAGAAAUCAAUGAAGAUCAAUCAAAUGAGAACAAGCAAAAGCUAUUUAUUCAGGCCUUGUAAGGGAGGGAGCCACGAUCUCCUGCAUUUUAGCAGAGCCAAAGGCAGGCAGAGGAGUGGGCAUGCCCUAAUUAGAGGCUCUCGGCAUGAGGAAGCUGCAGGCAGGCCAACUAGAAGUGGAGCAUUCUAUGGCUUCUUCUUGUUAGUCUCACCUUGGAAAUGGGGACAAAAGUUAGGGAAGAUGCCAGUUAUUAAUCCAUUACUGGUCAUUUGGGCUGAUUGUUAUAGUUUGUCUCCUAGGAUUGUUAUUAGCGAUAAUGAUAUGACUUUCUACAAGUCUAAUCUAUAGACUUCCUGGACUGAUUACUGUAGAUAAUGGGUUGGUCUCCUGGGUUGCUUGCUGGAGGUUGUGGGUCAGAGUUCUGUUUUUACAUAUGGUCUGGCCAUUGUCCAUUGGCAUAUUCAGUCACCUACCCUAAAGCCAGGAUGAUCUCAUCUCAAGAUCUUUAACCCAGUUACACCUGCAAAACUCCUUUUUCAAAAUAAGGUCACAUUUGCAAGUUCUGGGAGUUAGGACAUGGAUAUAUCUUUGGAUGUGCGCGAGGGCACCAUUUAACCCACUAUAAAGUUCCUCUUGGUUUAGAAAUCAUGUUUACUUAUUUAGAGGGGGAGGAAAAAAAGACCUUGCCUCUUGCCUCUCUGAAUGAGACAAGCAGGUAGGUUAUACUGGAUUUCACCAAAGGUCUAUAUAACUUCUGUCCCAGAGGUAGAAAUGUUUUUGAAGCAGUUGCCUAGACAUCCUUUAAAGCUUGGAUUUGAGUUGCAGACCAACUCCUUUAUGUCUGCACUCCAAAACAAGAGAUGUUUCGGUAGUCCAGUACUGUCUAUACAUUCAGCAAAGCCCCUCCUUUGGUAGAAAUCUAGAAGCAGUGUGGAUAAUGUAUGAAUGUUGCCUAUAUUAUCUUGGAUAGGGAGGUAAGGAACAGUACAAACCCUCUGGUUUCUUUCUUUUUCAGUGCCCUGAAACUCUAAUCUCAUUGCCUGACCAGGAAAGGAAGUAAUCCCUAGUGUCAGCAGAUUCAGCGGUACAGGUAUAUGAUAGAUAACCAAGACACAAGUUCGUUAGCUGAUGCUGUAGAGAAAGUUGCAAAGCAACAACAAUCACAAGCAUCAGAGAUAGAAAAAAACAAAAAAGUUCUGUUCAAUUUGAAGAAUGAACUUCAUGAGCUUGAAAAACAAAUAGCAGCUAUCUCUGCAGAAACUAAAGGGACAGAAAGACAAAUUUAUCAACAAGAUGCUGCCAUACAGAAUACCAAACUUCACUGUGAUAGCCUGGAAACUCAGAUCAAAACCUUACAUUCAGAAAAUGUAAAGCUUAAAUUUGACAUAGAAACAGCUCAAGAAGAUUUUGAGGAACACAUGAUAAAAUAUAAUGCAUAUUAUGCAAAAAUAAAAGCACAUAAAAAUAGUUUGGGAGAAGUAGAAAGCAAAUGGUCAUUUAUGACCGAACUCCAUGAAAAACGAGAUUUUGUUAAAAAAUUAAAGACGAUGAAAGAAGAACUUAUGCAAGAUCUUCAAAAUCCAGGAGGGAACCGAAUAACACAAGUACAGGAAGACAUUACAAAGUUAAAGGAUAAAAUUUUAACUGUAAAAGAAUCUAUCAUUGAGAAAACUUGUUUUCUUGAGGAAGAAAAAAAGACACAUGAAAAAUUAAGAAAAGAAAUAGAGGUACAACAUAAGAGAUAUGACGCAAUUCUUAAGCGUUUGCAUUGUCAGGUGAACAAGCUUCAGGCAAAUAGACGACAGUGGCAAUGGAACAUUCAACAACUGGAAAAAACUGCAGCCGAAUUAAGAAAAUGCAUUGGAAUGCAAGAAUAACAUUGCCAUAGGGCAGUGUGGAACACAGACCAUGACAACAAAAAUUACGGAAUAGAACAUUAAGAAAAUCUUUUGGAUUCUUAAUAACAAGCAUCCACUAUCGGAGGCCUGUCUUAAUGACAGAUGUCUUUGGUGGUGGUUGUUGUCGUCGUCGUUUUUAAAUCAGUCAUCCAUUUGUUAAAAUGCCUUCUAACCCUAUACUUGAUAGCAGUAGACAGACAAUAGGAAUGCCUACAGGAAAAUAGUGCAAGAGUCUCUCUGACUAUUGGGAGUGUGUAAAAUGUGUUAUACUCAUGAAUACCUGUUUAUGUUGCAUUUGCUACCCUAUAAAGUAAAAAUUUAGAAGGGAAAAAACACUUGAAUUUUCAAUGAUUUAAAUUGUUAAGAUAUUUUCAAAUGUUUGUCUGUUUCAAACUUUUUAUUGGAAGUUUUUUUUUACAACUGCCUUCACAGUAGCCCAUAAAUAUUGAUAUUUAUAAUAAUGUUUUUGUACGUUCAGUGCUUCAAAUAUUUUACUCCAUUUUCUCUUUUGUCCAGAAGGUAACAAUCAUUUUUCUUUGUUAUAAAAUAACAUAUUUUAGAGUGAUACAAUGAAUAAAAUAUUUUCUUCACUUU